UAUAUCCAGAAAUAUCGACCAAACGAAUAAUAUGAAAACCGGGUUGAAUUCGCGAUUUCUAAUUAGUCUGAACAAGUGUCAGUUGAAAAGUCAUUUGGACAAUGCAAAGCCUUUGGGGCUGCUGAAAGCGCACCCUUUGCAUACUAGUGCAGGAAAUGCCGCUAUCCAACAAUCGUAUAGUUCAAGACAUCAGCAAAGGCGAGAAUAUUCGUUUAUCCAUGACACUAGUUACAUGUACUUUAAUGACGAUGUUCGGUCCGAAGUGGCAUUAUUUGAAAUGUUCAAAAGUCAAGAUACUGGACUUUUACCGAUCGGAAAAUUCUUAUCAGCUUUAAAAGCCACAGGUCUUCGCAAAGACGACCCAAGAUUGAAAACAACAUUGGAAACGUUAAAACGAAUCAACAAAAGUAUCGACACGCAAAAAUUAAAUUUAGAAAAUUUUACAAGCAUUGUAUCGCCUAGCAUAGGCCUGAUAUCGCGGGCAUUUAGGCAUCAAUUCAUCGUACCUGAAUUUCAAGAUUUUUGCAAAGAUGUAGAGGAGAUCUACUGGAAAUGCAAGGACAACCAAAGCGGAACAGUGGCUUCCUACAUCCCGCAAUUAAAACGAAUGGACCCGAAUUUUUGGGGGGUCAGUGUGUGCACUGCAGAUGGGCAAAGAUACUCCAUUGGGGAUGUGCACACCCCAUUCACAAUACAAUCGUGCAGUAAACCCCUGACGUACGCAAUAGCUCUAGAUUUGCUGGGUGCCGAUGUGGUGCAUAACUAUGUAGGGCAAGAACCGAGUGGCCGAAACUUCAACGAACUUAUUUUAGAUCAUAAUAAAAAACCCCAUAACCCCAUGAUAAAUGCAGGGGCUAUUUUGGUAUGCGCUCUAUUGAAAACAUUGGUGGGGCCUGAGAUGAGUUUGGCGGAAAAGUUCGACUUCACCAUGAAUUAUUUUGAAAGGCUUGCUGGUAAUGAGGACUUGGGUUUUAAUAACGCUGUAUUUUUAUCGGAACGCGAGGCGGCCGAUAGGAACUAUGCCCUUGGAUUUUACAUGCGCGAACACAAAUGCUUUCCAACGAAUGCCAAAUUUAGGGAAUGCAUGGAUUUCUACUUCCAAUGUUGUUCGUUGGAAGCAAACUGCGAUAUUGUGUCGGUAAUGGGCGCGACUUUGGCAAACGGUGGCAUUUGCCCGCUAUCCGAAGAAAAGGUCCUAAAAUCCGAAAGCGUUAGAGAUGUCCUCUCCUUAAUGCACAGUUGCGGAAUGUACGACUACUCAGGUCAAUUUGCGUUUAAGGUUGGAGUACCUGCCAAGUCCGGUGUCAGCGGGUGCCUCUUGGUCGUCAUACCUAACGUAAUGGGGAUAUGUUUGUACUCGCCUCCUUUAGAUGCAUUAGGAAACAGCUGUAGAGGAGUGCAAUUUUGCGAGGAGCUGGUCAAAAAGUUCAACUUCCACAGAUAUGACAAUUUAAAACAUGCAACAGACAAAAAAGACCCUAGACGGCACAAAUUCGAAACGAAAGGACUGAAUAUCGUAAACCUAUUAUUCUCAGCGGCUGCAGGAGACCUACCCAGCCUAAGAAGACAUAAGCUAUCAGGGAUGGAUAUGACCUCAUCGGACUAUGACGGACGUACUGCUUUGCACUUGGCAUCGGCCGAGGGUCAUUUAAAUUGCGUGGAAUUUCUUCUGCAGCAAUGUCACGUGCGACAUGACAUGAGGGACCGUUGGGGCAACACUUCGCUAGACGAGGCGACUAGAUUUGGCCAUAUGGACAUUGUGGAAGUGUUGCAGCUGUGGGAGGAGCAAGUGAAAAGAGAAAAAACCAAUAAAACGAACGAAGAAGAUCCGCCAGUUAAUAUAGUGGAUAAUUUGAAAAAAUGAUGGAACGCGCCAAUAUAGUCGAUGUAGUCAAUUGUUUUUGUUAAAUGAGUAAGCAGUAUUUUAAUGUGGUUGGACAAUUUUUUCAUUUCAGUAUUAUUGUGAUAUUUAUGAAUCUAAGCAAUAUUUUUAAUAAUGUGUGAUGACAAUAAAUAAAUG